GUGUCACUCUCUCGUCGACUCUCAUCCAUGCAGAGCUGCUCUCCUCGCACCACGCGAUCCAACCGUGUCCCCGACGACCAACACCCCGCAUCGCAACGCCACGAUCUCGCCACGUGUCACUCCCCAGGCUCCUUUAUUUAUAGCGACCAGCCUCUCGUCCCGAUCUCCACCGAUCGGCGUCACUCCCACCUCGAGCAUCGAGCGAAACCUCCCUCGACGAACUUCGCGAGCGGAAGAGCUUCCGACGGAGCCACCAUGUCCGAUCAGCGACACAGGACGGACGUUACCCACGUAGCGCACCAGGGAGGCCCGCCGGCGCGGCAGGCGGUGAAGGUAGCGACGGCGACGACGAUCGGCGGCGCCCUGCUUGUCCUCUCCGGCCUGACCCUGACGGGGACGGUGCUCGCGCUGAUCGUGGCGACGCCGAUCAUGGUGCUGUUCAGCCCCAUCCUCGUGCCGGCGGGGAUCGCGGUGGCCCUGAUAACGGCGGGGUUCCUGGCGUCCGGCGGCUUCGGGGCGGCGGCGGCGACGGCGCUGACGUGGAUGUACAGGUACUUCGCCGGGAAGCACCCGGCGGGGGAGGAGCAGGUGGAGUACGCGAGGGCGAAGAUCGCGGACACGGCGAGGGACGUGAAGGAGAAGGCGAAGGAGUACGGGCAGUACGUGCAGCACAAGGCGCAGGAGGUGACCGGCACGGCGUAGAGCGCGCGCGGGUGACGGCUUGAGUUGCAGUGCUGCUCUGGGACGAAGACGAACGGCUUGUCGUUUCUGUUGGGGGGUUGUCGUUUUUUUGCGUUGUGUUUUUCUGAGGUGCUUUGAGCCUUUGAUGGCAUGCAAGGAACAAUGUGGUUUAGCAUAAAUGACUUGGGAAUCUUGGGAUGCGUUUUCUUCAGUGAAAAAAUUUCUCGUGAAUAAAUUUUUUGAAGUUAAUAAA